GUUCGUAUGAUUCAAGGGAUCCCUCUCGCAUGCCAAAGAAUCACUGACAAACUGAUAUGGCAUUAUGAAGCUUCAGGGCAAUUUUCUGUAAAAUCAGCCUAUUACUUGGCGAGUAAUUUACAGGGCCGUUCUUAUUCAUCCAAGCAUCAAGCUUCUUUUAUGGAUCAUAGUUUGUGGAAUUGGGUUUGGAAUAGGAAAGUCCCUCCUAAAUUGCUUUUCUUCUCAUGGAAGGGUAUUCAUAGAAUCCUUCCUACUAGGGAGGCUUUGGUUGGGAGAGGAUUGGACUUAAUCCCAAUUUGUUCGGUGUGUGGCCGAAAAGAAGAAACAAUUGAGCAUCUUUUUUUUACUUGCUUGGUGGCCCGUAAGUUGUGGAGGUUACUGGGUUUUCAGGAGCUUUGGAGACGGGCGGAGAAACGUUCUUUUACAGGUUUUAUCAGAAAUACGCUGAGCAAAACUAAUGGUUCGGAUUCAGAUUAUGUCAUUCUGCAGGUAAUUUGUUUGUUCUGGAGGCUAUGGAAGAAUCGUUGUAUGGUGGUUUUUCAAUUCGAGCAGCUCUCUCUCGAUGUUCUUGCUCAUCAAUGGUCUCAUCAAGUUAAGGAAGUGGAGCAGGCUCUUUUAUCUCCUACCCCAGAACCAAGGUUGUCAGCUUCGCUGCCUGUGCAGGUGGAGUCAUUGGGGCUGCAGCUCGGCGGUAUGAAGCAAUUAGUGAUCCCUAUGUGUUGGAAGCCCUAGGCUUGCGGGAUUGUAUACUUGAUUGCUGCAGACGUGGGCUCCGAACCAUAUCAUUUUGUGGAGAUGCGAAAUUAAUCAUUGACAAAUGUGUGGCAAGAGAUGCAGCGGACAACAAGAUUGGUGCCCUGUUGCAGGAGAUAUUUUUACUCUUGGAUGGGAUGGAUGUGGUUGAUAUUCAGUUCAUUGGUAGAAUUCGUAACAGAGCGG